UUUCGACAAAAACAACUACAAUGAAAACAAAACAAGCAUAAAAGAUGAAUAAAUAAUAAAGGCAAGUGGAAUACUUAAAACGUGAAAAAAUCGCACACACCGCUUAAUCAGACGCUAGUGUGUCAUUAUUUGAAAACGGAAUACAAAUUCGACGAAGGCGUGACAUGGACUCCAAGUCCCAGAGAAGAACGGUCCUGGUAGCUCUGAGAUACCGGAAGACUUCGCUGAUCCGCCGCGGGAGCUUCGAUGCUCUGUACGAUACUCCUUAUCUUGGCUGGAAUUCCCCACCGGCCAACAACGAUGAAUGGAGCGGUCACAAAUAUAAAAAUAACAACGGUAACAUACGAAGCAUACAUAUUCAAAUAAUGACAGGCUGCGUGUUACCGCUUGGGAUGCUGCGUUGCCGCGGCACCACGGUACCAUUGAAUGGUUUCUGUGUUUUAAUGAGGACUAAGUAGGACAGGGAGAAGCCGAAUGUGUCAACAUUGGAGGAAUUCCUUGAAAAUCCUGCAUGCAUUAGCAGCGGAGCUGCGGGGUUUUUCUCAGACUCGGCGUGUUUGCGCUGUGAUGUUUGCCUCGUUUGAUGCCUCUUCAGGACUCGCCCCGCGCAUCGUUCGGGAAGCCGCUGUUUUAUGCUCAGACCCGCGCGAGGAGCUCUCAGCAGCCGAAGCCGUAGCCUGUCCGCACGCCUGUCCACGACUGCCCUGUUUUUCUGCGAGAGGGACCUUUAGCACCGCCUCCGUCCGCUGUCGUUCAGUGAACAUUUACGAUCAAUAGGCUGUAUUGGUAAGUGGCACAUUGAUAAACGGCGGCAUUUACACAUCGGAAGGAUCAAAGCAAAAGUGUAACGAAAUCUGAGGUGAGAGUCAAGAUCCGCGAAACACAAAGCUAAGGAUCAUGGGAAGGAUAUCGCACGCGUGAUUUUGUGUGCUGGUAGAGGCAGGGCAUGUCUGGCUCACUGAUAUCUAUGGUGCAGUGAGCCCAGAGAGAGAACCCAGCUCCCAGACAACCUGGAGGACCUAGAACAGGUGCUGAAGCAUAUGCGGGUGGCAGCAGGGUGUGGGCAGCAGCUGCAGCUGGAGCAUGACCAGGUCCUGGCUGUCCUUCACAUCAAGCAGCAGGAAGUCCACCUACUGCAGAAGGUUGAAGCUGAAGAGGAGCAUGAGGGCGUGGUCCACCUGUUAGAGGUUCGAGAGCUGGAGCAGCAAUGGCGGUCACAGAGUGAGCCGCUCAAUCUUCUGACGAGGGAACCGGAGAGACUGCGCCCGGGGGUCGGGACGUCCGACGCUUUUAGCGCCAGUCCCCUCGCCGUGUGCGACAGCCCCCCGUCCCCCAAAAAAGCCCCCUCGCAGCCUCACAAUGGACUCGCCGCCGAAACUGGGACAGGUGGAAGGAGAGGCGACUCCAACACUGAGGUCGAAGGCCAAGUACACAGGAAAGGUUCGCCUCUGCACAGCUCGAUACAGUUAUAACCCGUAUGAUGGACCAAACGAACACCCGGAAGCAGAGCUCCCCCUUGUGGCCGGGAAGUAUCUCUACGUCUAUGGGACGAUGGAUGACGAUGGCUUUUAUGAAGGGGAGCUGCUGGACGGACAGAGAGGCCUGGUCCCCUCCAACUUCGUGGACUUUGUCCAGGACAAGGAGACAGCCUCGAGCGCGGACGGGGACACGGACCAGGGCUACCCGAACCACGCCGAGGGGGGCCUGCAGGGCACCGAGGGGGGCCAGCAGCAGGACGGCCGGGCCGACGGGGCCCCGGGGGACACGGCGGGGGGCGCCUGCGCCAACGGGACGGGCGCUGCCUCGGACGCGGGCGCGGCGGAAGAGGAGGACGAGGAUGGGGUGGCGGGGGGGGGAGCAGACGCGGUGCCACACCCCAGGAAGAUCACCCUGAUCAAGCAGCUGGCCAAGAGCGUGAUCGUGGCGUGGGACCCCCCCUUGGUCCCCCCCGGCCGGGGCCCCGUCACCGGCUACAACGUCCUGGUGGACAAGGAGGUGCGCGCCAGCGUGCCGGCCGGCAGCCGCACCAAGGCGCUGAUCGAGAAGCUGAACCUGGCGGCGUGCACCUACCGCGUGUCGGUGCAGAGCGUGGCCGAGCGCGGCGUCUCCGACGAGCUGCGCUGCUCCCUGCUGGUGGGGAGGAACGUGGUGGUGGCGCCCUACUGCCUGCGCGUGGACGACAUCACCCAGGACUCCGCCCUGGUCUCCUGGCUGCCCAGCAACAGCAACUACAGCCACGCGGUGCUCCUGAACGGCGCCGAGCACCGGGAGGUGCGCCCCACCUGCUACCGCUGCCGCCUGGCCGACCUGCGGCCCAUGACCGUGUACAAGGUGACUGCCGUGGCCAAGCCGCACCAGAUGCCCUGGCAGCUGCCGCUGGAGCAGAGGGAGAAGAAGGAGAUGUCCCUGGAGUUCUGCACGCAAGCGGCAGGCCCCCCCCUCCCGCCGCAGGAUGUUGAGGUGCAGUGCGGCCACGCCCCGGGGAUCCUGCAGGUGUGCUGGUCCCCCCCCGCCCUGUCAGAAACGGGGACCUCAAAUGGAGCCAGCGUCAUCGGCUACGCCGUGUGCACCAAGGGACAGAGGGUCGCGGAAGUGUUGCUUCCCCUGGCAGACUUUGUCACCGUGGAGCUGACCAGGAUCCAGUGCCUGGAGGCCAGAGAGGUGGUGGUCCGCACCCUGUCUGUGCAGGGAGAGUCCCAGGACUCCCCGGUCGCCCCCAUUCCAAGUGACCUGCUCGUGCCUCCCCACCCUCACACACUGCCACACCCACAGCACCACCCACACACGCUGCCACACCCACAGUCACACCCACACACACUGCCACACCCGCAGCCAUACUCGCACCCACAGCCGCACCCACACGCACUGCCACAGCCACACCCACACACACUGCCGCACCCACAGCCCCACCCCCAGCCACACCCACACACACUGCCGUACCCUCCGCCCCACCCACAGCCCUACCCACACGCACUGCCGCACCCCCAGCCACACCUUCAGCCCCGCCCACCUCACCCGAUCACAAAGUCCCCGCCCCCCCAGCAGCCGCGCCCACCAGCAGGUGCCGGUGAGCCCGAAACCAAAGAGGCGGAGCCGGGCGUGCGGAUGGGCCAGUCCUGGGACCCGACGCGCUCCCCGCCCUCCGCCCCCCCUCCGCAGCACGGCCACUCCCUGGAGGCGCCCCGCCCCCCCGGCCGCCGCUCCCCCUCCCCCCAGAGGAUCCUGCCCCAGCCGCGGGGCGCGCCCAUCCCGGACACGCUGGCCAAGGCCAUCGCCCGCCAGGCCGCCCAGAGGGUGGCAGCAGAGAGUGGCCGGGAGCGGAGCGGCUUCAGGGAGGGGAACGGAGCCGGGCACGCCCUGCACUCGGACGAGGAAGAGGAGGAGGAGGAAGGUUAUGACUCCGCGCACGUGAGGAGGCGGGGGGCGUCGGUGGAUGAGUUUCUCCGGGGGUCCGAGCUGGGCCGGCAGAUCCAGUACAGCCAAAGCGAGGAGUACCACACAGAGAGCAGCCGCGGCUCGGACCUCUCCGACAUCAUGGAGGAGGAUGAGGAGGAGCUGUACUCCGAGAUGCAGCUGGAGGAAGGGCGACGGCGGAGCAUGGGCCCUCACGGAGCCCUAAAGGUUUUGGGGAACGCUCACGGUACGGGGCGACAGGUCCGCCACGGUCGGGAUUCGGGUCGAGGCCCCCCCCAGCGCCGGCCCAUAACGGUCCCGUCCAUUGACAGCGGCCGGGAACACCCCUCCAACCGCUACUUUGACGAGUCGGAGCCGGAGGACCUGUGCCGGGUAUUCGUGGCCCUCUUCGACUACGACCCUCUCUCCAUGUCGCCCAACCCCGACGCCGCGGACGAGGAGCUGCCCUUCAAGGAGGGACAGAUUAUACGGGUGUACGGCGAUAAGGACACGGACGGGUUCUACCGCGGGGAGAUCGGCAGCAGGGCCGGGCUCAUCCCCUGCAACAUGGUGUCGGAGAUCCAGGCGGAGGACGAGGAGACACUGGACCAGCUGCUCAAGCAGGGAUUCCUCUCCCUCAACACCCCCGUCGACAAAAUCGAUCGCAGCCGGCGGGGCACACGACAGCCUCCGACGGCCACGCGGCGAAUGGUGGCGCUCUAUGACUAUGACCCCCGAGAGAGCUCCCCCAAUGUCGACGUGGAGGCUGAGCUGACCUUCUGUGCGGGUGACAUCAUUGCUGUUUUUGGGGAAAUCGAUGAAGAUGGCUUCUAUUAUGGCGAGAUUAACGGCCACAGGGGUCUCAUUCCCUCAAACUUCCUGGAAGAGGUCCCGGCCGACGUGGAGGUCUAUCUGACGGACACGCCCCGCCAAUCCCAGGACACGCCCUCGGGGUCCGAGACCAAGCGGCAGUCGACGGAAAUUUUGGGCACCCCCAGAAGAGCCACCUCCCCCACCGCGUGCCCUCCGCAGCCCGAGGCUGGGCCGGGGGCCCCGGGGCCCGAACUGGCUCAGGGGCCGAAGGUGUCCCUGGAGCCCUCGCUCCCCCUGGGCACCUGCAGCCCCCUCAGGGCCCCCGACAGCCCCAUCAGGGCCUCCCGCGACCUGUCCUCCAAAAAGAAGAAAGGGCUGCUCUCCAAGGGGAAGAACCUGCUGAAGAAGCUGGCCGUGGUCAAGUGAGAAGCCGCUGGUCAGUGCCCGUUAGCGCCUGUUAGCGCUCGAUAGCGCCCGUUAGCAUCGGCCUCAGCUCUGCGUUCUACAAAAAAUUUAUAUGGCAAGAGGACUCAUUCUUCCAUUUCUGUCAUUUUAAAUGAAAGUGGACAGCAAAAAAAAAAAAUAGAUGUAAAAAUCAGUGUGGGUAAAAGUAGUAUUUACAUGACCGUUGUCAUAUGGUACACAUUUCGAGCUGUGAAUUUUGGUAAAAUUAGUGCCGAUUGACUGGGACAAGAUGUCACAGUUCUGCGUUCGGCUGUCCCCUCCCAUCGAGUCAUUGCUAGCAAAAUGAUCUACCGGAGCUUUCAGUCUGGGAUGGGAGUGGUCUAAAUUGUAUUUAUACAGCGACCCAAAGGAUAAAGGUGUUUCAAAGGGCAAUUUAAAAACUAUGGUGUUCCAGCCAGCUAGGUGGGAUCUUAAGUUGACCAUCCUGGUAGCUCACCACACCAUGUAACUCACUAGAGCCACGACUAACAGCUCACAACAUUAUAUAUAUAUAAAAUAAAUAUAUAUAUAUUUGAGUUGUUCUUCCCUCCAUUAUAACCUUAACCUCAAGACUCACAAGUCACUGCUACUGUAUGAUGUUAUGAUUAUUUCUGCAGCUUACCAUGACCGUUAUGUUGAAAGUGUUAAAAUUGGCCUUAUUAAAAUUAUUUUGAUUAAAUACACACACAAAACAUUCCUCCUCAUAAUUUCUUAUCUUCAGUCUCAGCCAAGAACUUUCAAGGUGCAUAUUCUGCCUUCAAACAUCUCAGCCUCUGGGUCAAACCAUAACUACAAAAAAUUAUCCAGACUCAUGUAUGUACAAUAGUUUAAAAAAAUAUAUAUAUAUAUAUUAAAAAAAACUACUUCAGUAUUGGUUUUGAAAUGCCUAGUUGAAACCAACCUCCAUGUCUUUUGCCUUAAACGCGAAAUGGUUUGUAUUUUUCGUCUGGUAAAUGGAGCAAGGCUGUGUGCAUUCAUGUCUGUGCAUUCCUUAAAAAAAAAAAAAAAAAAGUGACGAGUCAUGUGAUGAAGUGACGUUCUGCUACUGUAACUAUGAUUUCAAAUAACGUUUUUUUUUUUCUGGAUUUUGGAGAUGUGAUGUGUGCAGCUGACCACUUUUUCCAAAGAGGUUUACUUUCUCAGUUCUGGAAAACCUCUUACUGCUGCUCAAAUCUAGCAGCGUUGGUUCAGACGGGAGGUGUCACAGUAUAACUAACUUCAGGAGCAGGACCAGCAACCCAAAAUUUGUAUUCUGAGUCCCAGACCGGAAUUCUAAUUCCUUGAUGGUACCGAGAUUAUGUGGACGGCUUCAGAUAAAUAUAUUGCACUGCGUGAGGUGAGGCUGUGCAAGCCACCGAAGAUUCGCACGGAUACCAAUACUGACCCGCUAAAUGAACGUUUCCUGUGAAGACAGACUGUAGAAUUCUCACUUCUUACAGGGAAAGCAUUUCUGCAUGUUUCACAUUGGCAUAGAAGGAGGUGAUUUCACAGACUAACGGGCAUUAAGCUGGAGGGGGGGGGGGGGGUGCAAAAGUAUGUCAACGGUCUGAAAGUCUCCGUCGUGAAUCAAAAAGCCAUUGUUUGAUGCGCAUCGUUAGCUGGUAUGCCAAGCAAAAGGUUUUUACACUUCUCAGAGAGCAAGCGGCCAGGAAGUAAUUUCCAAAUUCCUAAUACUUAAGAGUUCACAUCAGAACUGACUGCCAGAACUGCCAAGCAUGAAAUGCUUUUGUCAGCCAAACAGACAUUUCAUUCAUAGAAUUAUAUUGUGCAUUUUCGUAAACCACAAGUUUAAUUUGGCAUACUCCCUUUUGUACUUUGUCCAUCUGAAAUUUGUUUUUAAGUGUUUAUACUUGAUUUUCAGACUGCCUUUAUUUGUAAAUUAAGAUUUAUAUAUAAAUAUAUAUAUAUACAGUGUAUGUUUUCCUCAUACGGACUGAAAAAAUCCUAAGUCUGCAACCGUGUGCUAGAGGUGAAAAGCAAAGUAAUAACUGGCCUAUAUUUAUGGUCAUUGAGUACUGUGUGCAUGUGUAUAAACUUUUCUAAUCAAUAAAUUUGAUAUUUUGCACAA